UACCGCUUUUGGUGCGUCGUGGCUGCCCUUUGCACCAUGAUGCUCCUGGGAUCCCUUGAGAACACGGUUGUCGUUACGUCGCUACCCGCCAUCGCCAGGGAGCUGGACCUGGGCCGUAACUACGUGUGGGUGGGCAACAUCUUCUUCCUACCAUGCGCUGCUGUGCAGCCCCUCUUCGGCCAGCUCUGCAACCUCUUCGGCCGGCGCCACCUCGCCCUCUUUAUUGUCGCAUUGUAUGUCCUGGGCAGCGGCAUCGCCGGCGGGGCGAACAGCGCGGCCAUGCUGCUGGCCGGCCGCGCGGUGCAGGGGGCGGGCAGCGGCGGCAUGACCAUGAUCAUCAGCGUCAUCAUGUCCGACCUCGUGCCCCUGCGGGACAGAGGAAACUUCCAGGCUAUCCUCGCCAUGACGUACGGCGUUGGCAUGGCCGCGGGUCCCAUCAUUGGCGGCGCCAUCGUGCAAAGCACAUCUUGGAGAUGGGUCUUUUACAUCAAUCUGCCUGUCGGCGGUGUCUCCCUUGUGCUCCUGUGGCUGUUCCUGCGGGUCAAGUGGGACAGAGAGACCAAGCCGUUGGACAGGCUCAGACGCAUCGACAUCCUGGGGAAUGCCCUCCUCAUUGCAGCUUCGGUCUCGGUCCUCCUGGCGCUCACCUGGGCUGGGGUGUUAUACACAUGGUCGUCGUAUCGAGUCAUCGUCCCUCUUGUUCUCGGCUUGCUUGGUCUCCUAGGCUUCUGCUGGUUGGAGAGCUCGACUCUGAUCCGGGAACCAGUCAUGCCAGUCCGCCUCUUCGCCAGUCGCACCUCGGCCGUCAUCUACGCGAACACGUUCCUCAUCUCGAUCCUGAACUACUGGAUUUUCUUCUUCCUGCCGAUCUACUUCCAGUCGGUGCAGCUCUCCACACCCGCUCGCUCGGGCGUGCAGAUCUUGCCUAUCACCCUCAUUGCGAUUCCCGGAGCGGCCAUCGGGGCGGUCGUCUUGUCCAAGACGGGCAAGUACAAGCUCCUUCACAUUGUCGGAUUUGCUCUCUUGACAGCAGGAAUGGGGUCUCUCUCUGUCCUCGACAGCCACUCCAGCACGGCUACGUGGGUGUGUCUGCAGAUCCUGCCCUCCGUCGGCGCCGGCAUGGUGCUCGACACCUUGCUGCCCGCUUUCCAGGCUGGCGUGGCCGAAUCCGACUCGGCGGCGGCCACGGCGAGCUGGACUUUUAUCCGCAGUUUCGGCAAUGUCUGGGGCGUUGCCAUUCCGGCGGCCGUUUUCAACACGUACACCAGCCAGUUUGCCAGCGCCGUCGAUGACCCCGUCGCGAAGGCGCGCCUCCAGCACGGGGACUCGUAUACGUGGGCGACCAAGUCAUUUAUUGAGCAGUUCACCAAGCAAGUACAGGAUCAGAUCGUCGGUGUGUUUAGCAGGGCACUGAGCAAGGUGUUUCUUGUUUCGAUCGGCUUUGCCGGGCUCGCCUUCCUGCUGAGCUUCGUUGAGCGGGAGGUACACUUGCGGACUGAACUUGACACCGAGUUUGGACUGGAAGAC